UGACAUCCUUGUCCCUACAGCCAGCUGGUCGCCGCCACUCUAUCCUCUUCUCUCUCCUCUGACAAGUAAAAAAUUCUCUUAUUUCUCUCUGUCUGAGCAAUCAGAGAGUGCUUAAGGAGCUCCAAUGCCUCCUACAACCACAUGAUAUCAAUCAAGCAGUAGCUUUGAUUUUCUUUAUGUUUCCUGGUUGAGUGGCAAAUCUUGGCUCUUAGAAGUUUUAAAGCUAAGUACUGUGCGCAAGAUUGGAAAUCUUUUUAAUAGUGAGAGAAGGGCGGAGAAGUUGACGUGGUUUGUGUCGGUGCUAAAUGGGGAUCUUUGAGGAGUUAGGUUUCUCUGGUAAUCUUGACUAUCUUUUGGCUCCAUCUGGGGAAGGGGAUGCAGCUCCAGAACAUGAACAAGAGGCAACUGUGGAGGAGGAUUAUAGUGAUGAAGAAAUGGAUGUUGAUGAGCUCGAGAAGAGGAUGUGGAGAGAUCGAAUGCGAUUGAAGAGGCUGAAAGAACAAACUAAGGGAAGGGAAGGAGUUGAUAAUGCAAGACAGCGUCAAUCACAGGAACAAGCGCGGAGGAAGAAGAUGUCACGGGCACAAGAUGGAAUCCUGAAAUAUAUGCUGAAAAUGAUGGAAGUUUGCAAAGCUCAGGGUUUUGUUUAUGGAAUUAUCCCUGAAAAAGGAAAACCAGUGAGUGGUGCCUCUGACAAUCUGCGAGCAUGGUGGAAGGAAAAAGUAAGAUUUGAUCGUAAUGGCCCGGCUGCGAUUUCUAAGUAUCAGGCAGAUCAUUCAAUCCCUGGGAAGAAUGAAGACUUCGGUGCAGUGGCAUCCACUCCUCACACCUUACAGGAGCUCCAAGACACCACUCUUGGUUCACUUUUGUCAGCUUUGAUGCAGCACUGCAAUCCACCCCAAAGACGUUUCCCGUUGGAGAAGGGUGUUGCUCCUCCUUGGUGGCCUACUGGUAACGAGGAAUGGUGGCCUCAACUAAAUCUCUCCCAGGAUCAGGGUCCUCCCCCAUACAAGAAGCCUCAUGAUCUGAAGAAGGCUUGGAAGGUUGGUGUUCUCACGGCUGUGAUUAAGCACAUGUCGCCAGAUGUUGCAAAGAUCCGCAAGCUUGUUCGUCAGUCCAAAUGUUUGCAGGACAAAAUGACUGCUAAGGAGAGCGCCACUUGGCUAGCCAUUAUAAACCAGGAGGAAGCUUUGGCCCGGAGGCUAUAUCCUGAUAGAUGUCCACCUCCAUUUGCUGGUGGGAGUGAGUCUGUCGCAAUCAGUGGUACUAGUGAUUAUGAUGUUGAAGGGGUUGAUGAUGAUGAAAAUAUUGAAAUAGAGGAUUGCAAACCUCUUGUUAGUCACUUCAACAUUGGAGCCACUGGACAAAGAGAGAGGCAGGUGUUACCUCAGGUUAAGGGAGAGCUCAUCGAGAUCAACUCGGAUUUUGGUCCGAAGAGGAAGCAGCUGGCUGAAGAGCCACAAAUGAUGUUAGAUCAGAAGUAUUACACCUGCGAAUAUCUGCAGUGCCCAUAUCAUGAUUACCGCCUAGGUUUUCUUGACAUAACUGCAAGAAACAAUCAUCAGUUGAAUUGUCCAUACCGGAAUAAUUCUUCACAAGUUCUGGGAAUGUCAAGCUUUCAGAUUCACAAUGAGAAACCUGUGGGCUUCUCUCUACCCAUUGCUCAACCACCAACACCAGGAAUUCAACGACCAGUGAACCAGUCAAGUGGGUUUGAUGCUUCGGGACUUGGAAAUCAACAGCAGGUGAACCAGUCAGGUAGGUUCGAUGCUUCGGGACUUGGAAUUCAACAACCGGUGAACCUGUCAAGUAGGUUCGAUGCUUCAGGACUUGGAAUUCAACAACCAGUGAACCAGUCAAGUAGGUUGGAUGCUUCGAGAAUUGGAAUUCAACAACCAGUGAACCAGUCAGGUAGGUUUGAUUCUUCGGGACUUGGAAUUGCUGAGGAUGGGCAGAAAAUGAUAUCAGAGCUUAUGUCAUUCUAUGAUGGUAAUAUACAGCAAAACAAGAACUGCAAUCCUGGAAACCUAAAUGAUGUAGAUGAUCGCAAUCAGCAGCAGGCUAACUUUCAAUUUCCGAUGAAUGAUAACUUAUACGGUCAAGGGCCGGACAUAGGACACAACAUGAACAUGUCGGAACAGACCCCCAUGCCUAUGCUUCAUCCAGAUUUUUCAUCCCCGGAAAUUCAGUUCGAUCAGUUGAUGGCAUUUGAUUCUCCGUUUGGUAACAAUUCCAACGAAGAUGUCGACAUAAGAUUUGGCUCCCCCUUGCACUUGGCGCCUGUUGGUUAUAAUGUUAUGGACCCGCCGCUGAACCAAGACCCUUGGUUCCCAUGAAGUGGGUUAUUCUUAUAUUGACUGCUCCAAUACAUACGCGUUGGAGUCCCACAGUUUAGGUGAAGCUUCUUUUCAACUUUAUUUGCUUCUCUUAUCUUUUGGACUUGUUAGAUGUUUAUAUGCCAAUAUGUCAUAACCCAAAUCUGUGUUUGCGGGUGGUUUACACGGUUGAGCAAAUAAAGAAGCUUUGUCAUGUUUAGUUGCUUCUUUAUCUGCUGGACUUUUUAGACGUUUCUAACCCUCGAGAACUCGGGGUUUCCCAUACCGCAACUCUCUUGUCUAAGAAUAGGUAUAUCUAGUUGCAGUAUUGAGUAAAUCCAAUAAGGGACCGGAAAACCCAGUCUGGUGUUCCGUGCUUUUGCUGAAAUGUUGGAAACAAUUUUCCGUUACUAAGUCGAUGUUGGAAUGUCGUUGUGUGAUGUAUAUACAGAAGACAUCUAUAUAUGUGGUGGUUUUUACA